AUGCGUUUCCACAGUCUGCUGCUGGGCCUUUUGGCCACGGCGAUACCGUUGGUUACCGCGACUGCAUUAACCUACAACCUGGAAGCCAACGAGAAGGCAUGCUUCUACGCCCAGGUCGAACAAGUGAAUUCCAAGGUGGCUUUCUAUUUCGCGGUUCAAUCCGGUGGUUCCUUCGAUGUGGAUUACUCUGUUGUCGGCCCGGGCGAGAAAGUCAUUAUGGAGGGUACCAAGGAGCGACAGGGUGACUUCGUGUUCACAGCUCAGAGUGUUGGCGAGUACCGGUUUUGCUUCAACAACGAGAUGUCGACGUUUGCGGAGAAAAUGGUGGAUUUUGAGAUAGCGGUCGAGAAUGAACAACGGGCCCAACUUCCUUCCAAACAAGGAGCGAGCCCCGAGCAAGCAUCUGCGUUGGAGGAGUCCAUUAUGAAGAUUUCGGGCCAACUGUCCACCAUCUCCCGGAACCAGAAAUACUUCCGCACUCGCGAGAACCGGAAUUUCAGCACUGUGCGCAGUACCGAACGACGUAUCUUCAACUUCAGCAUCAUAGAAAGUCUGAUGAUGGUAUCGAUGGCUGGGCUUCAAGUCUUCAUUGUGCGCUUCUUCUUCCAGGGUGCUAGAAAAGGAUUAGUUGCAUUAGCUGCAUAUAAACGCAAAGAGAAUUACCUCGGACAAAAUGCAGAGUAG